AUGGACCCCAGGAAUUACGGACGGAGUCAGGAAGCUCAGCCUCAGAUGACUUCACGACAGCACACCCGCUUCUCAUGGCAGCAGCCCUUGGACGACGAGGUUCCACCCUAUCAAGAGAGACAGCAGCAAGCUCCACAGCACCAGCCUCAGCAGCUUGCGACGCAGCAGUACCAAACACAACAGCACCAUCAGCAGUAUCAGCAACAGCAACAGCAACAGCAGCAAUAUCAGCAUCAGCACCAUCAGCCGCAACCGCUACCGCAACAACACCAGCAAGAGCCCCAGCAACGUGUCGACACAGAUGCGUCACGUCAUUUCUCUUACGCCCAGACACCGGCAGAGAUGCGCGCAUUCGUAUACACGUCCUCUCCAAGUGACCCUCCGAUGCCACAUUCUAUGCCCAUAUCUCUUCCGACGUCACCGGUGGGGUACACACCAAUCGACCCGCGCCCUCAGUCGAUGCUUGAUGCGCAAAUUCCGGUUGUUCCGCCCCAAUCUCAUGCGGCUGACAUACAGCACUCUCACGUGCAGCAACAAGUACAGUCUCCUGUGUCGCCAGUCUCGCCUCAGCAUUCUUCGUAUCCCCAAACUCAACAAUACUCUCCUGUAUCGCCGAUACCACAUCCGCAACCCGUCCAUCAAAGCUCGCAGGCAAAUACACAGCAGCAGAGUAGACACGCACGACAAAUGAGCAACCUAUCGCCCAUCAACACAAACGUACGGGUGCACACUAUGCCCACCAUUCCCCCUACUCCACCAUCAGGAACCCAUCAGACGUCACCGCUACCACAAAAAGCACCAAUGACCCCCAUUUCAGCCAACUCCAUGCACAAAGAGCAACCACGACAAGUUGCUGUCUCUCCUACGAAUCAAGCAUCAUAUGCACACGAACCAUAUUCGCCUCAUGGCUUCGUAACAGGCCAAACCAAUAAUAUGCACGCUGUCUUCUCUCCAGAUGCUGCUCACGGUCCCAACGGCCUGGACUUUGCUGCACACCAACCGGGUCAAAUUUCGCAUCCAAAUAUGGAAUCUGAAAGCUCCCAUGAAUGGUCAAACGGUCUUUGCGCAUGUAGUCCAGAACCGGCUACAUGCUUUACCGGUCUUUUCUGCCCCUGCAUCGUCUAUGGGAGAACUUCGUAUCGCCUAUCUCAAAAGUCUGCAAAGAAUGACCCGACAGACAUGUUGGGUCACAGCACCACUAACGGACACUGCAUCGUUAUGGGUCUGUCAUGCGGUUUAUGGUGGCUUUUUCCAAUGCUACAGCGGACUCGCAUCCGAAGAGCAUAUAAAAUUAAAGGCAGUCUUGGUAGCGAUCUACUAAGAGGAUGUUGCUGUUGCUGCUGUGUUGUUGUACAAAAUGAGAGGGAAGUAAAGGGUAGGGAAGAAGCGAGCAGGCGGUGGGCCGGACCAGCAAGCACUGAUGUUUAUACAAGGAGCGGCGGCAUGGUAUACAAACCACAACAAUAA